AUGUCGCUCGACUCCCAAUCCUCGCAACAGCUGCUCACCACCGAUCCCAACGCACGCUUCCUCGGCGUAUCAUGUCUGGAUCUCCUCCUCAUAGAAGUCGUGCCUAUGGCCGAACGAAUGACCGCAGAACUCAACGGUACAUCAUCAUCAAAGACAGCGACAACAGAGACAGCAACAACAAUAAGCGGGAAAUUAGAAGAUGAGGAACUGCGAGAAGCAACUUUUUAUCGCUUAGAGUCAUUGGGCUAUAGAGUGGGACAGGGACUUGCUGAAAGGUUCUCUCGAGACCGACCUCGUUUCGCAGAUAAUCUAGAUGUGAUCAAAUUCAUAUGCAAGGAUCUAUGGACAAUUCUAUUUAAGAAGCAGGUUGAUAACCUGAAGACGAAUCAUAGGGGUGUCUAUGUCCUCUCUGAUAAUUCGUUCCGACCCCUGACCAGGAUGAGUAUGACGGUCAGAGUUUCUGUGGUUUCCUUGCGGGCUUAUUAG